AAGUUUCAUUUGUAUUUAUUUUAAUGCUCCUUUUAUUUGUUUUUUUCAUAAAUAAUGUUGCUAUAAUUAUAAGUGCAAUAUUCUACUUUCUUCGAACUAUGAACAUAAAUAUCAUACCUUUAGUAUAUCUGGCUGUCGAUCAUAUUUAGAAUUUUGUUUACAUUGCGAGUAUCAAUAUUACAACAAUUAUGUUUAGGUUGUUGCUUAUUUGUAUGCUGAAUACUGCGUAUGUUUACAAUGAAAACACUAAAUGUGGAUGUAAUGUUGACCGGGCGCAAGGCUUUCAAAGUAAAUACCUAGAUCAUGAGCAGCAAUCGGAAGCUGAUCAUUGUCCGUCUGAACAUCACUCUAAUGUUGAAGAAGACGCAUCGAGUGACAUGGUGAUUGUACCUGCAGGUGAAUACCAACUCGGAACUGAUGAUGUCAUGAUCCAAGCUGAUAAUGAGGGACCGCAAAGAAUUGUUAAGUUAAAAAAAUUUGUAAUGGACAAGUAUGAAAUCUCAAAUAAGGACUUUAUGAAAUUUGUUUCAUCUACCAGUUAUAAGACUGAAGCAGAAACUUUUGGGGACAGUUUUGUUUUUACAUUGUUUUUGAAUGAAACAUUCAGAGAAAAAUUACAAGACUUCAGAGUGGCUCAAGCUCCAUGGUGGUAUAAAGUUGAUGGAGCCAAUUGGAAGCAUCCUUAUGGCCCUGAUUCAGAUAUUCAAGACUCAAUGAACCAUCCUGUGAUCCAUGUAUCCUGGAGCGAUGCUCAAGCAUACUGCAAGUGGAGAGGGGCUCGCCUGCCAACUGAAGGGGAGUGGGAGGCCGCCUGCCGCGGCGGUAAGCGCGGGACUAAGUACCCCUGGGGAGACAAGCUGUUUCCUGAUAGAACACAUAUGGCAAACAUAUGGCAAGGAACCUUUCCCAAUCACAACUCUGCAAAGGAUGGUUACAUUGGCACCAAUCCUGUGAACUUGUUUGAGCAAAAUGGUUUUGGUCUUCACAAUAUGGCUGGGAAUGUGUGGGAAUGGACUGAAGACUCCUGGUCUAAAGAUGCUCCAAAAGAAAAGGUGAAAAAAGGUGGUUCAUACUUAUGCCAUCGCUCAUACUGCUACCGAUACAGGUGCUCUGCGCGAUCUCACAAUACUGAAGACAGCUCGGCAGGAAAUUUGGGCUUCCGGUGUGCAAAGUCAGUUUAACCCCUCGACCGCUAAAGACGGCCGCAGAUGCGCACGGUUGCAGUCGUAUGAACCUUCGUGCAUUCAAAUAAAGAUUACAAUGGCACAUAAUAAUAGGUGUUACAUAUAAUAGGCGUGACGUUCAAAGGGUUAACUCUUUACCAUAACCCAUGAAUGGGCUUUAGUGUUCUUCUAUAAAAAAUGUAUAAAUUGCGAUAGUCUCUUUUGAAAGUUUAUACAGUAAAUCUUACCUUGUUUGAGUUUAUAUAGAUAUUUGCUAUCUGUUAAAGGCGGAUGCCCACUGCAGCGCACGGCCAUGCUUAUACGCGUGUUUUGAAGUCGCCAUGUUUGAAAAUGGACCCGCUUCUUACCUACUACAGGUUUCCGCCUUUAGGUGACUUAGAAAAUAACAAACGUCGUACCACAUUGUUUCUUUAGAUAGAUGUCGACGCAUAUCGAACACAUAUCGAAACAGCCUAAGUACAGAUCAGCAAGUGGCGGUGAAUUUUCUAAAUGUUGCAAAUGUUCCCAGAAAUUUAUAUUUUGGAAACCGAAAGUUAGAAUCUCCAUACAAAAAUAUGGGACGUUUCCGAAUUUUCCGUUGUAUAAAUUUUGCGACUUUGGAAAUUUCCUUCCAGUGGCACUUCAGAAACUCUAAAGGGGCCCACAGACUAUCAGACCGCCGGACGAUAUCGGCCUGUCAGAACAAAAAUUUGACAGUUCCGAACAAGUGACAGGCCGAUAUCGUCCGGCGGACUGAUAGUCAGUGGGCCCCUUUAGUCCUUAAAAUAUUUGGUAAGUAUGCUAAUGUGAGAUAUAUUAAGUUUUGUCAUUAAAAAAAUUCUGUCACUAAUUUGCGUGGACUUAAAAAAAUUGCGAUAUUAUAUUCGUUUAACACAUUAUCACAACAAACAAACAAAAAAACACAAACGAAAAAAAAAUUGUACUACCUACAGUUUUCCAAGUAUUUUGUCGAUUAAAUAAAUAUACCUAUUAGCCUAUUACCUAAAUGAAUAACGUUAGCGAUUUAAUAUAUACUUAAGUAGAUACAUCCAGUACGUAUACCUAAGAUAUUGCUACCCAAUUUAUUUAUAAACUACUAUGUCUGCUUUACAUUCAGGUAGUAUCUAACUAUUUAUUACAAAUUGCCAAGGAUUGUGAUUAUUUUGAUAUUUUAAAAUAUUAUUAGUAGGCGUACUUUUAUGCCCAAAUAAAAUGUUCUUUUAUUUACAA